AUGGGGAACUCUACUGUCGACAUCUACCUGCCUUUUAUACUUCUAAUUCUAAAUCUAUUGAAACUGGUUUUAACACAUCAAACAGUGGACACAUCUAUUGAGUUUCUUGAUGAUGAAGAUAGCUUGUGCAAUGACGUAGAUAUUCGUCAUCAUCUACGUGAGCUACACAUGAUCGAAAAUUGCACCGUGAUUACAGGCUACCUGCAGUUUGUGAUGAUUGAGCGAACCUCACAGCAGGAAUUUGACAAAUAUCAGUUUCCCAAUCUGAGGGAAGUUACUGGGUUUGUACUUUUCUAUGACGUGAGCAACCUCGUUUCGCUACGAAAUAUGUUCCCGAAUCUGAUGGUAAUACGAGGCCAAACAUUGAUUGACAAAUAUGCGUUGAUAUUCUAUGCGGUGCCCCAGCUGCAAGAGAUAGGCCUGAAAGGAUUGAUCGCUAUACAGAACGGUUUCGUCAACGUCCAAAAAUGCUCGCUGCUUUGCUACACGGACACGAUAGAUUGGGCUAGCAUAACGUACAUGUCGAACGGUACUGGCGAUAAAAAUUACUUCGAACCACCAGAGACGACAUGCAACAAAGUCGAGGUGUGCCGAGGAUGCCCUAGGCAAUUUUGUUGGGGUAGUAAAAGCUGCCAGAAGUUCGACACCGGCUUAGACUUCACAGCAUGUAUUUCGCACUGCACACUGCAAGAAACUAAAAAAUGCGAUGCACAGUGUAUCGGGAGUUGCUACAACAGGACCGCUACGGGGUGUCGCGUUUGUCGUGGUCCCAAAGAUGGAAACCGUUGCGUUGAGAAAUGUCCCGUAGGAAAAGUGCUCUAUCACGAAACUCAACGCUGCAUCAGCAAAUCGAAGUGCAUCGAACGAGGUAAACUAAUCUCCGAUGGCGACUGUCGCUCGGAAUGUUCUGAUGGUUAUACCGCUACUGUCGUUACCAACAUGGGCGUGAAAAUAUUGAACCACACGUGCUAUCGCUGUCCGGACAAGUGCCAUAAGGUGUGCAACGGAAUGUUGGUUACGUCGCUGGCUGAUGCCGAGCGACUGCAAGGCUGCACAAUUAUCAACGGAACGUUGCAAAUAAGGAUGGUUGAAGAUCAUCCAUUUCUGGUAGAAGAGCUGACAAGUCUGCUCGGAAGUAUAGAAGAAAUUAUGGGUUAUUUGAGUGUCUAUCGAUCGAGCUCAUUACCUUCGCUGGAGUUCCUGGAAAAUCUUGCGGUAAUACACGGAUUGUUGGAGCUCGGUUAUGGAAACUUUUCAUUGAUGGUUUAUGAAAAUCCGUAUCUACAAAAGCUUUGGAACUACGAUCAUAGGAUGUCGCUUACAUUAUCAUCUGGAAGUAUGCACUUCGUUUACAAUCCAAUGCUCUGUAUGUCGGAAAUAGAUGCACUGCAGGAAAUAACAAUAUACAAUAACACACAUGACUUGAUAAGUGUCGAUUCCAAUGGUUUCUUACAAUCAUGCAAUGUGGUCAGUAUUUCUGUGAAAUCUGUUGUAAUGUCCAGUUCGAAUGUGACAAUUUACUGGACAGAAUACAACACUACGCUUUCUCAGCAAUUAUUGGGUUUUAUCGUGUACUAUACUCCAUCUGACAAAGAACGAUCUCCUUACGAUCGGCGAGAUGUUUGCUCCAAAUACGGCUGGUAUUCGAAGUUGAUACAAUCAGAGGAAAUCAAAGUGGCGAAGAACUUUCUGUCUUAUAACAUAACGGGUCUUAAACCUAAGACGAGGUAUGCGUAUUAUAUUAAGACGUACGUAGUGGACAACAAUCGCAAUGCGUCUGAGAGGAAAAUUGGCCAAUCUGCAGUUCAUUACUUCACCACUAAGAUCACAAAACCAACACCCCCUUUGCGAGUGUACACUGUACGCAAAACUGAUAACUCAAUAACCUUUUCGUGGAUAAUCCACAGAGGGGAGAAAAAUCUUGUUCGUCAAUUUCGCAUAGACGUUUUCAUUCAACCGGACGAUCAAGAUUUUCUAGAUCAACGCAAUUAUUGCCUUGCUCCGAUGGUAGAAGAAUCAGAACUGAAACACACCGAAACAUGUCCCCCGGAUGUCUGUUGCUCGGAUGCUUUGAGCGAUGAAUUUGAUAUUCCGGACAUCGACAAUGAUUUUUUCUCUCGACGAAAACGGUCACUGACUACUGGUACCGAGAACUACACCACCAAGAAUUCAGUCUCGGAUAAGUUUCGGCAGAAAAUGUACAGCUUCUUAACCGUAGAUUCAUUGCCUCAUUCGAUCGUGAGAGGCCGUCAAAAACGCGACGUUCUUGACCUGAGGAAUCAUAUCUAUUUCCACAAAUUCGAUGCUGAGAACAAGGAUUUUACUGUCUCCAAACUGCUCCCAUACACAUAUUACACAUUUCAAUUAUUUGCUUGUAGCGGAAGGGAGUUCUCGAGCUGUAGUCCGUAUAGCAUCUAUUCUGAUCGAACCGAUCGGACAGUCAAUUCUGCUAAUAUAACUAUUACGGUCAUCAAACCAACGAAUAACUCGAAUCAGCUAGACUUGAAUACCAUUACUGUAAUCUUCGAGGAACCAAAACCUGUCAACGGUCCUAUUGUCGCAUACAAUGUGGAGGCAAAGUCGCUCAACAUGGCAAACUCAACCUAUAUCCGAAAUUGUAUUACCAGGAUGCAGCAUGAGCGAGCCAAAUACAGAUACAUAUUUCACAAUUUAUCGCCGGGAAAUUACACGAUCAGGGCGCAGGUGAUAUCACUAGGAGGACCUGGUCCUUUUAGCGAUUGGUAUUUUGCACAGGUGUUGCCAGUCAAGCGGGUCCUUAUCGAGGAUCACUCAUUGCGUAAUGGUUUCACAACGUUUGCUGUGCUGUUUGGAUUGACAAUCUCAUUGGUAGCGGCGUACUUUUGGUACGAAAGCAGGUCGAAGGAGCAUCGCGAAGAUCUGAUUCCAUUAGUGGAACAUGAUUUCAAUGAGCCCGUUGUUGAAGAUGGGUUUGUUGAUUGUGCGCUUCGAUGAAACUGUGUGUUUGUGAAGAAAAUAUAUUCAUUCGCAAUGUACUGUAGAAUAAAGCUUAA